AUGGUAAUAUAUUAUGCGCUUUUUGGUGAUGUUGUGACAUUUGAUACAAUAUUUUGUACGAACAAGAAGAAUAGGCCUUUUGGCGUUUUUUCUGGAUUUAAUCAUCAUAGCAGAGUUAUUCGAUUUGGGGCAUCACUUUUAUACGAUAAGAAAGCUAAAUCAUUCAAAUGGUUGUUUGAGACUUUCUUGGAAAGUUACAGACAAAAGAAGCCUAUAACAUUUUUUACAGAUCAAGAUGUUGCAAUGACAAAGACAAUUUCAGAGGUGUUUCCUGAAACAUGUCAUGGACUUAAACAGAAAUGGGCCAUAUGUUAUAUGAAGAAUGCAUUUACAAGAGGUAUGCGGAGUACACAGCUAAGUGAAAGCAUAAAUGCAGACUUGAAGGAUUAUACAAAAUGUACUUUAGAUAUUGUAUACUUUUUUAAGCAUUUUGAGCGGGUAGUGAAUGAUAAGCGUGCUAGUAAAUUGAAGGUUGAGUUUGAUUCAAUAAAUAAGCUCCCAAGGAACACGUUUACAUACUCACCCAUUAUGGUACAGGCAAUAGAAGUCUAUACUCUUUUAAUAUUUGGCUUAUUUCAUAAUGAAUAUGCAUUGGUUGGUUGGUGCCACAUAAAAGAGAAUGAUGAAAGUAAUACCUUACAUAAGUAUGUUGUUGAUGUUCUUAAUUCAACUGAGGUGGAAUAUAUAGUUAAGUAUAAUUCAUCUGAGUCUAUAGUUGAAUGUAGCUGCAGAAAAUUUAAGUCAUUUGGCAUCCUAUGUUGUCAUGCUUUGAAGAUUAUGGAAAGACUAGAUAUCAAGUAUAUUCCAGAAGCAUACAUUUUGAAUAGAUGGACACGUAAGGCAAGAAGAAUAGUAGUGGAAGAUAUCAGUCAAAAAGAAGUUGAGGAAGAUAUAAAUUUGGAUUCUACACAGCGUUAUAAGAUUCUUUGUUCUAAACUAGUAAAGAUUGUUUCACAAGCAUCCAAUUCAGUUGAGGGAUAUGCAUUGGUUAACAAUGUUGCAAGCUUCAGCUUUGUGAUUAAUUGUUUGACAUUUUAUGCAUAUGCACAAAGGUCAUUUGAUUAUUCUAUGGAUUGUAUAUAUUCCUCUCAAGUCUCUAUUUCUCAGGCGAAUAUUGAUCUAUUUGUCUCCCAGUAUUCCAUACCUUCUGCAAUGGGUGCUUCAUCGGUGAACUUAUUUCAUGAUCUGAAUGUUUAUCUGACAUAA